AUGGCCCCGGUGGUGCUUUGCCUCUUGGCGGCGGCGGCGGCGGCGGCGGUGGGAACGGGAGGGGGGGGCACUACGGGAACGGGGAGCGCUCCAGAGCCCUCCUGCCCUGUGUGCCUGUGGCGGAGGCACAGCAAAGAGCUGCGGCUGGAGAGCAUCAAGUCUCAGAUCCUGAGCAAGCUGCGGCUGAAGGAAGCGCCCAACAUCACCCGGGAGGUGGUGAAGCAGCUGCUGCCCAAGGCCCCCCCGCUCCAGCAGCUCCUCGACCUCCACGACUUCCAGGGGGACUCUCUGCAGCACGACGAGUACCUGGAGGAGGACGAGUACCACGCCACCACCGAGACCGUCAUCAGCAUGGCCCAGGAAACGGACCCCAUCGUGCAGAUCGAGGGCAACCCCCAUUGCUGCUUCUUCAACUUCAGCCCCAAGGUCAUGUUCACGAAGGUGGUGAAGGCACAGCUGUGGGUGUACCUGCGGCCCGUGCAGCACACCUCCACCGUCUACCUGCAGAUCCUCCGCCUAAAGCCGGUGACGGAGGAAGGCAGCCGCCACAUCCGCAUCCGCUCACUCAAGAUCGAACUCAACUCCCGCCUCGGGCACUGGCAGAGCAUCGACUUCAAGCAUGUGCUGCAGAACUGGUUCAAGCAGCCACAGAACAACUGGGGUAUUGAGAUCAAUGCCUUCGACCCCAACGGCAACGACCUGGCUGUCACGUCACUGGGGCCUGGCGCCGAAGGGCUGCACCCGUUCAUGGAGCUGAGGGUGCUGGAGAACAACAAACGCUCGCGCCGCAACCUGGGGCUGGAUUGCGACGAGCACUCGACCGAGUCGCGCUGCUGCCGCUACCCCCUGACCGUGGACUUCGAGGCCUUCGGCUGGGACUGGAUCAUCGCGCCCAAGAGGUACAAAGCCAACUACUGCUCGGGGCAGUGUGAGUACAUGUUCAUGCAGAAGUACCCGCACACCCACCUCGUGCAACAGGCCAACCCGCGCGGCUCGGCCGGGCCCUGCUGCACCCCCACCAAGAUGUCCCCCAUCAACAUGCUCUACUUCAAUGACAAGCAGCAGAUCAUCUACGGCAAGAUCCCAGGCAUGGUAGUGGACCGAUGUGGAUGCUCUUAGAGCCGGUGCUGCUGCCCCACGCCCCCCCUGCCUCUGAACCUGCCUCUUUCCUGCCACUUUUGGGGGGGUGGGAGUUUUGGGGGGUUUCUUUUUUGCUAUUUUCAUUUUGAAAUACAAAGAACAAGCGUUGAGGUUCCUUUGGAUGCUGGGGCAAGAGGACAGAGACGCAGAGACGGAAACCCUGCGGAGCAACGCUGCAGCAGCCCCACGAUUCGACUUGCAUUGUGCAAUAACGCAACCGGACGGAGAAGGGAAGGGGCGGCGCGGAGCCCCGGCGCGGCUCCACGGCGGUAGGGAGAGGAGGAAGCCACCGCAUCCCGCACCUCCGGAGCACCCGUGGGGAUGGGGACAUCCCUGCCCACCCCAGGGCCACGGUGACAGCCGCGGAUGGGAGGAGGCAGCAGCGGGACCCCCGGGACAGCCCCGUUGGGCUCCGGCGGUGGCUCCGGCGCAGGAGGGAUCCGGCCCCUGCUUUAAUUUAUUUAUUUAUUAAUCACCCUCUGGCCGGGCUCUGCUGGGGCAGCUCCCGCCCCUCCCUGCGUGGGGAUGGCACCGCCAUCGGCACCACUGGCACCACCGGGCAUUGAGGAGAACAGAGCUGCUGCUUGCCACAGGCGCUGGCUCCUGUGCUGCUGGCGCUAUGGCGAUGCUUAUCUCCAUGCUGCGCCAGUGCCCACAGCUCUCCCAGGGUAGCUGGCUGAGCCAGAGUCUUGGGGGGCUUCAGUUCAGGUGUCUCCAGUUGGGGCCUCAGGUCUCGGCACAGCAGCGAGGGCUCUCUGGGCACCACAGUGCCUUUGGCCCAGCCCCAGCACUUAUCCUGAGGGUGCCGAUGGCUCCGACCGGGACACAAGUCUCCAUCCCACGGCUGCAGUCAGGCCUGGCAUGUCCAUACCCCGUGUAGCACUUAGGGACAGCGCCGUGGCAGAUCUGGGGGCACUGGGAUGUGCCGCACUUGUCCCUGCCUCCACCGAGCCCAAAGCGCUCCCGAGGAUACGGCAAUGGCCCCAUGGUGCUGAGCCCCGGCUGUGUCCAAGCACUUAAGAUCUGAUGCCACUGGUAAUGCUGGCCUUGCUGUAGCAUUGCUGUGGCUCUGGCAUCAGUUCCCCUGAUCUGUAUGUGAGGGGAUGGGAAUGGGAGAACUGGGAACCCCCCGGGAGCUGAGGGGUGUCUGUCAGGUUCCCCCCCAUUGACACAGUGGUGGUGUUCCCCUUGGUGACACACUGGGGACAAGGUGCUGGGUUCCCUCCGUUGCCCCUCAGUGCCUUUCGGGGGCUGCAUCCUCUGGUCCAGAUCCUGAGAGAUCAUCCAGCCCCAGCCGCAGCUGCUCUGCUUGGACACUGAAACCACACCGGACACGGCCAAGGAGGUGCUGGCAGAGAAAAGCACAGUCCUGCCAUUACCAGCAACGGAGACAGGCCCCAGUGCCCACCAGGAACAGAGCCACAUGGCAGGAAAGAGCUGGAAUCCACUUGGAAGGGACUGGAAAGGGCACGGAGCUGCCCAGGCUGUGGGAUCUUGCUCCUGAGCUGAGGGAGCCGUGGCCUGGCCAAGAUCUGGCUAGCGUCUGGUUGGGAUCAACCUACACCUUUUGCCCCAACCAUCACCACCUGCUGGAGCCCGGAGGGACCCCAACUAUGGGAAUGAUGCCUGGGGGGCUCUGGCCACCACAGCCACCCCUGGCCAUGGCGCACCCAAUGCAGAGCCUAGGACCCAGAGCCCCACAGAGCCCCGGAAGAAGGAUGGGGCCUGAUGGGGUACUGGGACCAGUCAACCCUGGGCACUGGCACCUCAGCCCCCUGGUGCGGGCAGCACUGGGACCCUGCCCAAUGUGGCCGGGUGACUGCUGCCCCCACCCUGUCACUCCAUGGUUAUUAUAAUUGUUGUUAUGAUAUGUUCUCCUUUCCCACCCUGGUCCCUUGUCCCCGGGUCUGGUCCUGUGUUGGUCACUCAGGGGAGGCCAGGAUGUGGCCACCGGGACUCAGGGGGACACAUGACCCAAAGGCCCCAGUGGCUGGGGGGGUUUAACCAAACACAGCACUUGGACAUCAACACAAAUAAAGAAAUUAAAGAGAAA